CCUGGUGAUUGAUGUCGACUUAAGAUGAAUGGAUGGAAGAAAUCGAUUGUUUUCCUGGCGACACACGCCUGUGAGGUUUAAAGUAAUAAAUACGAUCAAAUGGCACGGUAAUUGUGACUAUUCUGAACAAUGCUUAGAACGACUUUUUUAAUCCUUCUUUUAAACUUUCUUACAGAAAUCCAGAGUUUCGAGGUCAGUCAUUUUCGUGACAGUCACAACCAUGACCAUGAUCACGGAGCUGGAACACAAGACCUGCAAUGGUUUACAGAGAUAGGACCAGAUGGAGUGGCACGUGAGGUUCAAUUGACUCGGGCCGAGGUCGAACGCCGUAUCCGAGAUGCAGAAGCCCGGGGCAUAACUGGAAAUAUAUAUAAAGAUGCUUAUGGGAUAGUACGCGUGAACACAAGAAAACCCAGGGGGGAUGGCGUACGGAGACCCGGUGAAAUUAUACCAGACACGGGGAGGGGAAGAUUGAGACCCGGGGAAAUCUUACCAGACACGUUGGACCCGUGGGUUGAGAGGUCGUUUGAAGAACAGAAAAGACGGCUAGAGUUGGAAAGAUUAAGAAAAGAACAGCUAGAACAGGAAAAGAGGAUUAAACAGCUAGAGCGCCGCCUGGCAAAUGAAAAGGCUCGAAACAAGAAAAAAAAUCGGAACAAGAAAAAGAAAUCACGAAAAUCAAGAAAGAGAAUCUUGGGUUUUAAGCGUCCACGUCAUGGCUAUCCUUCUUUUGCCCAUCUCAGGAGGGGACGCAACAGAGGACAUCAACCUCAAAAGCCACAACCUAUUCAACGCAAGAAACCUCAACGUGCGUCAACACCAGCUCCUCCUCGCAGGAAAAAACCCUCGAAGCCCAAGAGACGGUGUAAAGGUUUGAUUGGUUGUUGGAUCGACUCCAACAGAAGGGUGAUAAACAAAGUGAAGGAAAGACUGGGUUAAGCACUAUUAAAUGUUCCUUACUGUAUGAUUUCAAAUAAAGAACCGUUACAUUG